AUAUGAUAAAAGAAAUUAAUACGUGGCGGAUAUCUUGGGACUAGAGGAAGGAGGGAGAGAAGGAGCUUAAGAGAGCAUUCGUCGUCGUCAAUGGAGAUCUUCUCUGCGUCUGCUUCUCUAACUUUAACUGGAUUCGUUCCUCGUCUUCUUCCCUUGCUCUCUCCUCAAGCUCGAACUACUCUCUGCAAGCCGUUGCUGUCUUCUUCUUCUACUAGACUCAUUUCUUGUCACAGUCGUAUAGCUCCGUCUCGGUCUCUCGCAGAUCAAUCCGCCUCUACUGGGAUCAGUGUUGUUGAUUCGGAUCCCAUUGAUGUUGUAAAGAGGAAAGCUAUGGACAUAGCCCCUGAACUGAAAGGAGCUUCCAUAUUUCUGGUUGGAAUUAAUAACUCUAUUAAAACGAACACGGGGAAGCUUUUGGCUGAGGCAUUACGAUAUUACUACUUUGAUAGUGAUAAUUUGAUCACAGAGGCGGCUGGUGGAAAUGUGUCUGCUCAAGCUUUGAAGGAAGCUGAUGAGAAGGCUUUUCAAGAAUCAGAGACUGAAGUGCUGAAGCAGCUAUCAUCUAUGGGUCGGCUUGUAGUUUGCGCUGGAGAUGGUGCGGUCCAAAGCUUGAGAAAUCUUGCACUUCUUAGACACGGGAUCUCCAUAUGGAUCGAUGUUCCUCUGGAUAUCACUGCUAAAGGGGAUGAUGAUUCAUUCCACUCAGAACCUUCCCCUGAGUUGUUUGACACACUAAAAGCGAGUUACGAGAAAUCAAGAAAGGGUUACGAAACAGCAGAUGUAUCCAUUUCCCUUGAAAAAAUAGCUACAAAGCUAGAAUUUGAAGACUUGGAAGCAGUAACUUCUGAAGACAUUGCUUUGGAGAUUCUGAAAGAAAUAGAGAAGUUGACAAGAGUGAAGAAAAUGAUGGAAGAAGCUUCUCGACCUUUCUAGGUCGAUUUUACACUCUCAUUCAUAUCGACAUGUGUUAUACAAAGAGGCUCAGCUUUGGGUGGUGGAGGAGAAGGAUCAUCAAUCUGUCGCCUUCUCUCACGUGAGAUCGAUAACGUGCUGGGCUUAAUAUAUUGAUCCACUAGUAUGUGGGCCUUGAUUAUGGCCCACUAAUGGAUAAGAGUGAGAAAUAGUGAAAGGGCACAAAAUAGCUCAUCCCAAUUCCCAACAGCUUUCUUGUCUCUCCCGUCUUUUAAAAACAAAACAUAAUUAAUUCUCCAUUUUUUCUCUGUUCGUUUGAGUUGUUUUUUUCUUACGGUAAAAAGACAAUAAAAACGGUAAGGUUUAUUUUUGUUUAUAGA